AUGGUUCACAGGCAUCACGAGUCUGCGGUGCCGGCAGUGAUCCCUGUUCCGCACGGUCCUGUGGACAGCGACUCUGAGCAAAUCUCAAACGAGCCCAUUGCUUAUGCUACUGCUGAUGAGCGCCGCAUCUUCAGCCAUGUAACACGUCCAGAUGAUUCCUACACCGAGGAUGGCGUUUACUGGGCCGACCUGCCUUUGUCACAGCGCUAUCGCUUCGUCUCAAAGGUCGACAACGAUGCUGCCAAGGAAGAGGCCGCAACUGCCUGGUCAAUGUUCAAGGAAGACCCUCUAUCGCCUUUGUCCUGGUACUUUCGCCAUGCUGUCAUUCCCGGUGCUGGUCUUGGUCUUGAGGGCUAUGUCCUCUUCUCCAUUGGUAACCUCGAACCUUUGUUCAAAGCUGUCUGGCCUGACUGCUGGGGCAAGGAGCCCACUACCUGCGCUCACAACUGGGUUGCCUCUGUGACGUACCUUGAGAUUAUCGGUAUCAUGGUUGGCCAGGCCGUCGUUGGUGUUAUGGGUGAUUGGGUUGGUCGACGAUGGGGUCUUAUUCAAGAUGCCGCCAUCAUGUUUAUCGGUCUCCUCAUGCUCACUGCCUCUUGGGGACUCACUCUUCAGGGCUGGGUUAUCUGCUACGCUUGGUCUCUCUUCUUCUACGGUUUCGGCGUUGGUGGCGAGUACCCCAUUACAGCUACCUCAUCUCUCGAGGGUGUUUCCUCGGGCGGCAGAAUUUCCACUCGUGAGGAUCGUCUACACCGUGGUCGCCGUGUCACCACAGCUUUCCUGAUGCAAGGUUGGGGUCAGUUCGUCAACCAGGUCGUCCUCAUUGCUCUCCUCGCCAUCUUCAACAACGGAAAGACCUCGCCCCCCUACAGCGCCUCUGCCGCACAGUACACCUUCCGCCUGUCCUUUGCGUUCCCCGCCAUUGGUACGCUCUGGCUUCUUUACUACCGUACCUACCGCAUGCGCAGCGCUGGUAAGCAGCUCGCCGAGGCCAAGAAGCGCUCAAACGUCACUGGUUACGAUCUGAACGCCCUUCGACACUGCUUCACCAACUUUGGCGGCCGCCUUUUGGCUACUUCUGGUACUUGGUUCUGUAACGAUGUCUUUUUCUACGGCAAUAAGCUCUUCCAAGGCCAGUUCAUCAAGGUCAUUUCUCCCGACAGCAACUCCAUCUUCACCACCUGGACCUGGAACCUUGUCAACAUCACCGUUUCUCUGGCUGGUUACUACCUCGCUUCCCUGCUUAUUGACAACAAGAUGUACGGCCGCAAGAUGAUGCAGCAGGUUGGCUUCUUCAUGUGCUUCCUGAUGUUCGUCAUCCCCGCCUUCAAGUACGACUACUACACCAGCCCCGCCGGAAUCCACUCCUUCCAGGCCAUGUACUUCAUCUCCUCUUUCUUCAACCAGUUUGGCCCCAACUCAGUUACCUUCCUCGUCGCCGGUGAGGUUUUCCCUACACCCGUUCGCGCCACAGCCCACGGUUUCUCCGCCUGUAUUGGUAAAUCUGGUGCCCUUCUUGCCUCCGUUCUCUACAACUACAUCGACGACCAGACCAAGUUUUACGUCGUCCCUUGGUUCGGUCUCGUUGGCAUGCUUCUCACUUGGGUUUUCCUCCCUGACACCACUGGCCUUGACCUCAAGGAGCAGGAGCGUCGCUGGCACUACAUCCGUGAUGGCAAGGAGAGCGAGUACCACGGUGUCGCUGUUAACCCUAUCCAUCUGUCUCUUUGGGAGCGUCUCCGCGGCCUUGGCAAGAACUACGACCCCGAGGCUGACUGGCGCGCCAAGGUCCAGGACAUGCGCGCCGAGUGGGAGCUUGUCCAGGCCAACCGCGGCCCCAAGGAGACUGAGGGCGCCAUGCCCGAAGAUGGCGAGUUCUCUCCCGAGAUUCACGAGUUCUUCAAGCGCUCUAGCCCCAAGCACAUUGGUCGACGAGACGAGUCCCUCAUGGUAGACUCGGUGAACGAGAAGACAGCCGCGCCUUCUGAUGAUUCCAUUACGAAAUAA